GAUUUUGCCCAUCCCUACCAGAUCUUCAACUAGGUCUUUGCCAUUUUUGCUCUGUGUUCCAGACAGAAAACACAUGCCUUUGAAUAGCAGUGGCUGGGAAUUGCCGGCAGGGAGUGUGCUGUUGAGCUCAGGUCCUUCUGAUAGGUUUCCCAUAGGCAUCUGGUUGGCCACUGUGAGCACAGGAUGCUGGACUAAUGUACUUGUACUGUGCCAGAGACUUGAUACUGCCCUCUCUGUUCCUUUCUGUGCCUGAAGAGAGCUCCGAGGCCAAACAUAUGCACAGUAGCCACGUUGCAGGGAUUUGAAUAGGUGAAUUCUGGCAAGCAGAAUCAAUGUGGAAAGCUGUGCUUCAAACCUGCUCGAACCCUCCCCCUCUGCCUUCCUCUGCUCCAAGAUCCCCAAAACAUACUUUAGGGAGAAGACAGUGGUGGCAGCACUUUCCUGGUGAGGUGUGGGACUAGGGCUUGGCGAAUCUGUCCAUGUCAUUUUCUCAUUUUCCCAAUCUUAAAUUCCGUUCUCCAUAUUCUCACAUCAGUUUGCAAUGUUUUUUUUUUUUUUAAAUCCUCAUGAAAGUUAGUCAGCGUUUUAGUGCAGAUUUCUACUUAAUACACAGAUUUGUAUAUGCCCCUUUGCCUAACAGACACAUUGUUGCAAGCAAUUUUCCCUAAUACAGUGCAUUUUAUAUGUUAUUUUCAGGAAUAAAUGCAUUUUUAUGCACAUUUUACCCAAGUAUUUGCAUUUUUUGUACACAUUACCUGGCUGGAGAAGCACAUUACAAAAUAUGGAUAGAUAGACUUGUUUUGGAAAGUGCAGAUUUGACAUUACUGGAGAGACGUGACCUCAAGGGGGAGACUUUGAGCCUGUGGAGAGAAAAGAAAACCCUGCCUCUAAUGCCAAUAGAUAGCUUGCCAACAACAGCAAACUGCCCGAGAUGAAGGCCCAGAUAGCCUGGCCUAUGGUUCUUUCUCUCUGGGUCACAGCAGACACAGGCUUGCAGCAUCUGUGUUUAUGGGCAGUUGCAAUGCCCCAAAUGAAGACUUUUGGGUGAACAUUAGGAUGGAACGUGUGGGACAUGUUUGCUGCACUAUGCAGUUGAGAAAUAAGUGGAAAAAACUGAAGACUGCUUUUCUGCAUGUUGGGCCAGAGGUUGCACAUGGCCAAAUCUAGCAGUGCCACAUACCACAGUUUUACAACUGUGUGAAACCUAUUUGGGAGGCAGCUGGCUAGCCAAAUUUCUAGCAAAGAUGUCACUUGCUGCCCCCUUUGAUGAUGACGAUAAGAUUGUGGGAGGCUACACCUGUCAGAGAAACUCUGUUCCUUACCAAGUAUCAUUGAAUUCUGGGUAUCACUUCUGUGGCGGCUCCCUCAUCAAUGAUCGAUGGGUUGUUUCAGCUGCUCAUUGCUACAAAUCCCGCAUUCAGGUGAGGCUAGGGGAGCACGACAUCAUGGUGCUGGAGGGAGGCGAGCAGUUUGUCAAUUCUGAAAAAGUAAUUCGCCAUCCAAACUAUAACUCUUGGCUGUUGGAUAAUGACAUCAUGCUCAUCAAGCUGGAGAGCCCUGCUGAAAUUUCCUCAAGCAUCGCACCCAUUGCCUUGCCCAGUGGAUGUCCACCUGCUGGUACUGAUUGCUUGAUCUCAGGGUGGGGCAACACGCUCAGCAGUGGUGUUAACUACCCUGACCUUCUGCAGUGCCUGAAUGCUCCGAUCCUAAGUGAUGCUGAAUGUGAAGCGUCUUACCCGGGGCAAAUAACUCAGAAUAUGAUCUGCGUCGGAUACUUGGAGGGUGGCAAAGACUCCUGCCAGGGGGAUUCCGGUGGCCCAGUGGCGUGUAACGGAGAGCUCCAGGGCAUUGUUUCAUGGGGAAUUGGGUGUGCUCUGUCUGACUACCCUGGAGUCUACACCAAAGUGUGCAACUACGUUGACUGGGUCCAGGAAACCAUUGCUGCGAACUGAAAUAGCAAUUUCUCUUCCAGGUGCAAUAUAGUGGUAUCCUUUGCUUCCCAUGUAAUUUACCAUAAUAAAAAAA